UAAGACCGUGGUCGCGACCAAUGAACGCGCGCUCAGCCGUCGGAGCCGUCAGCUGAGUUUUGUGCCUAUUUCCUAACCUUAAACGCGUGACUUCAAUAGCAUUGGAUGGUCGAGAAGAAUCUCCGUUGCGGUCGUUUAGGUUUAAGCGGGAAGAUCACGCCGAGAGAAUUUGAUUCCGCUCGAAAUGGCCGAUUCGGACGAGGAGAAUUACGCGACGUUCGGCGUUCCUCUCGAGCCCUUGGACGAAGAGAACAUCCCGCGGAAGAAGCCCGUCACGAUCGAGGAUCAGUACGCUUACGACGCCCAAGGUAGACGCAGGUUCCACGGGGCGUUUACAGGCGGCUUCUCAGCAGGAUAUUUCAACACCGUGGGCACACGCGAUGGCUGGAGGCCGCAGCAGUUCAAGUCCUCCAGGAGCAGCAAGGCGGACAACGUCGUUCAGCGACCGGAGGACUUCAUGGACGAGGAGGACACGAGUCUCUUCGGGAUUGCCCCAAAAGGUAUUCGAGCUACCAGCGAUUACGCUGAUCACGGGCAGAGGGGGAAGAAGAGAGAGAGGAUAAGUCAGGAGGGGCCUAUCCCUGGUACUCCCAUCUUAAAGGAGCUGCUGAAACCCGUCAAGGAAACAGUGGGUAUCGUCCUGCUCAAGAAAAUGGGCUGGAAGCCUGGCCAAGGCGUGGGCUCCAGACUGACGAAGAAAGAGAAGCAGCAGAUAAAGUUGCGUAAUGAAAAAUUAAAACUGGCGCGGGAUAAUUGCGAAAUGGUAGGGAGUAAUUCCGAGGAUUCCGACGACGAUUCUACCAAUAUUACUUUCGCACCCGACGACUACGAGCCAUUCCGGUGCAAGCCGAAGGACAAUUAUUUUGGCAUCGGCUACUCCGGUCUGGACAGGCGGAAAGUUCUUUCCGGACACAUCAAUCUUUUCGAUGCCCCGGCGUUUUGCGUUCAGGAUAAAAACAAAAAACUGUCGAUUCACGGACAGGCGUUCGGAGUUGGCGCUUUCGAGGCCGACGACGAGGACAUAUACGAGAGAGAAGACAUGUCGCGUUACGACUUCGCUCUGGGCCCCGAACAUAAGACGAAGACGAGGUGGUCCCAGGAUGAGCCGAGUAGCUCGCAAAGCGAUUGUCUCGAGGGUUUUGUCCACACUAAGGAGAAACUAGCGAGCAAAAAAGUCUUCAAACCUCCGGAAUUGCCGAAAGAUUUUGCACCGGUGCAUGCUGUUAGGAAAAGUAGAUUUUAUCCGCCGAUUGCAGCCCCAGUAGAAAAUAAUAAGCGCAAGGAGCCAUUGAACGCUGUAGAUAGAGCGCGUAUUUUAGAGGACCCCGAUGAACGCUCGAAGAGGCUACAGGCGCCGUCGAAUGCAUCCGUGGCUUCUAAUAUUAUUUCGAAAACCUUGAAUUUACAUGGUAAACAACAAACGGAGGAGAGAAGAAAAUUGGAGAGUCAGCAGAAGACGACAGGCAACUCCUGGCUGGAUAAAUUAAACGCGCAAAGCUUUACCAGAGGCGGCUUCAUCGGUACCGGACAGGACGAUGGUUUAAGGAAGCUGGAAGAUUAUGUACAGUCCUUAUCGACACUUGCGCAAUCAAGUGUGGAAAAAUCGACGGAAAAUGACUCUUCGGAUAAGAGUGAAACAAGAAAAUUGUUCUUGUCCGAUCCGGAUAAACAGAGACGAUUCGAGCAGUAUCUCGUCUUGUCGAAGAACAAUGAGAGGGACAAGUUUGAAAGUAUUCAGCCACUCUCCAUGACCGAUUGGGAGAGAGAGCAAGAACGCGAGGAGUUCGAGCAGGCGACAAAACUGGAGCAGUCGAAUAAUUACGUGGCAGACAAGUUUGUACAUAGCACUGAUGACACGACGGACAGACCGGAUCCGGAAAAGGAUGUUAAAGAAGCGGUGAGAUUGAAAAUGUUCGGCAAACUUACGCGACAGCGAAGCGAAUGGAAACCGGCGAGUAUCAUUUGCAAGAGAUUCAAUAUUCCCGAACCAAAAGUCGGCUGUGCGCCGACCGUAACGGACCGGAAAUCGGCGAGGUUCUCCGUUUUUGAUUCCUUGGAUUGGUGCGGUUCAUCGAAAUUCACUAAAGCUACGGAUACAGUUAAGGCAGAGGUGGAAGAAGUUGCCCGACCGUCGAGAAAAACGGAACAAGAUAUAAUCGAAACGAUUCCCAACACCGGUUCCAAUAAUGUUCCAUCUAACAUCUACCAGUCUUCAGAGCCCAUCUCUGAGAAAUUAAAAAUCUUCGAAGCUUCCUACGAGAAAGUUUUCGGCAAAGGUAUUAAAAGUAUUCCUUCCGCAACGUCGGACGAUAUCAAACAACACGUGAGAGACAAUUUACAGAAUCAAACAGUUCAGAGAGUAGAAGAGGAAAAAGAAGUAGCUUCCGAGCCGGUAUCUACGCUGAAAGAUCAAUCGGAAGAAAAGAAGGAUCUAUUCAAGGCGAUUUUCCUCAGCAGCAGCGAGGAUUCCGAUAGCGAGACGGAGGAUAAUGUUGACAGUGAGGCUGUCAAGUCGGUUUUGAUCGGGAAAGACCCAAAGGAGAUAAAUGUGCAACGCAACACGUCGCCACCGCGAGGUAUCUUCGCGAAACUAGAUCUCGACAGCUUGGUGACGCAACCGAAAAGCGUUAACGACGAAAGUACAAGUUCUAAAAUCUCGGAAGCCAAUUUGCCAGUCACUAGUGGAUCACCGAACGAUCCCACGGAUCGUAACGAUGUGACUGAGGACGCAGAAAUUGCAGCGCUGCCAGAUAUGUAUGGUCCGGUUUUGCCGCAGAGAUUGUUGAAACAGGACAGCACUGCAACGGCGACGGAAGCUGAUAACGUCAACCAAAUGCUGAAACCAGUAUUUCGGAGCGUCGUGGUGCCGAAAACCACGGAGGACUCGAAACUCGGCGGAAAAUGGGUGGAACGAGACAAGGUAAAAAAAUCGAAGAAGAAACACAAGCGUAAGGAGCAUAAAAGCCCCAAACACAAACACAAAAGGAAGUCUAAGAAAGAAAUACGUUCGAAACGUUGAUUUCUGCCGAUUUUAUCUCUCGGCGAUUCAAGUGAUAUAAAUGAUAACUUUGGGGUAGAUAUGAUAUCGCCAGCAAUUCAAAACGAUGAUGAGUAUUUUACACUGGCCAGUGUAGGUCGUUUUUGUAAAAUACUCAUCAUAAAUGAUAACAUUGAUAAGUUUAUAGUUGUAUACAUAUGUAUAAUGAAAAUAUCUAUCAAGUACAUCAGACAGUUGUAUAUAAGAAAACGUUCGACAUGUUUCAUGCCCAACUAAAACUGUUCCAUCUGUUGUUUUAUUAAUUAAUAUUUAUGCGCUUACUUAGCAAUGCGUAUAUGUACAUCUGUAACAUAGACUGAAAAUAUAUAACUCUUGCAAUCAUA